AUGGAUGAAAUUAAACUAAGUGAUGAUGUAAUUGAACAAAUAAAAGAUUUUGAUCGUUAUCGCCUGACUGAAGAACAAGAAUCGUUAAUUGAUAAACUAAUAACAGACAAAAAAUUAAAAAACCAUUAUAAAAAAUAUGGUUUAUGUAGAAUUUGUAAAUCUAGUUUGUAUUAUUGUCAGUCAUGUAAUUCAUCAUAUUUUAAACAAAAUUUCAAAAAUUGGACAAGUGGAAAUCAUAACGUUGAUGAAUUUAUUCAAAAAGCACAAUUAAAUGCUAAAAAUGCAAUCCAAAUCUUAGAAUGGAUUGAAUAUGAUAAAUUUGAAGAUGUUGAAUAUUUAGCAAAAGGGGGGUUUGGAACUGUUUUUAAAGCAGUUUGGAAAGAUGGUCCUUGGGAAACGAGUUAUAGUUAUCAAGUGAAAAGAAAAGGCGAAACAAAAGUUGCUUUAAAGUGUUCGCACAACUUACAAAGCAUUACAACAGAAUUCUUAAAAGAAGUCGAAUCAAAUAUUUUAGCAUGUAAAUUUUCAAGUGGACAUAUAGUUCGUUAUUUUGGUAUUACCAAAGAUCCAAAAACAAAUAAUUUUAUAAUGGUGAUGGAGCUAAAAAAUGGCAGUUUAAGACAACAUUUAAAUAACGACUUCAUUUCACUGAAUUGGUACCAAAAGUUGAUGAUUUUACUAGGUAUUGCAUAUGGUCUUAAUGAUAUUCAUAAUAAAGGACUAAUUCAUAAUGAUUUUCAUUGUGGGAAUAUAUUAAGCAAUUUUGAUCGAUGUGCUUUUAUUACUGAUUUGGGAUUAUGUCAACCAGCAGACGUCAAAUCCUCUCAAUAUAGUAAUAAAAAAAUUUGUGGAGUAUUACCUUAUGUAGCUCCUGAGGUUUUAAGAGGGAAAAAAUAUACUCAAGCAAGUGAUAUUUAUGGAUUCGGAAUUAUUAUAUAUGAAAUCUGUACAGGAUUGCCUCCUUAUCAUGAUAUAGCUCAUGAUGAAUUCUUAGCUAUAAAAAUUUGUAAUGGGUUGAGGCCAAAGUCUAAUUAUAAAAUUCCUCAACUAAUUUUUAACAUUAUUAAUCAAUGUUGGGAUGCAGACCCAUUAAAACGACCUAAAGCAGAUGAAUUAAGAAAUUUAUUUGCUAGAUUGUGGUCUUAUUGCGAUAAAUCUGAUUCUUUAAUCAGUGAGCAAGCUAAAGAAGCAAAUAAAAUUAACAAAAAGUCAUCAUCAAAAGUUCAAUUACCAUUAUCAUCUACUGGUGCUCUUCAAUAUAUGACACAUCCUCAAGCAGUUUAUACAAGUAGAAUUCUAGAUUUUAAAAAUCUUCCGGAACCAAAAAAUGCUGAUAAUAAUGAUGAUUUACUUGAAAUGGAAUAUUCAGAUUCCCUAAGGGUGGAUUUUACCAAAUAUGAUAUUAAUUCUAAAGAUGAAAGUAAUUAA